CCAUGACUUCGAUGGUACUGAAUUAGCCGACCUUUCCCCGGGUCCUCAAAGUAACGAUGCACUUUCCUAUUUGUCGACAGAAUCGACGGACUUGAAAGGAGUUCCUACUGUUUCAGCUGAAGAAUUCAAACCUCAACUCGAAAAGCUUGUCAAAACUUCUGAUCAUCUUUUCGGCCCGACAAGUCGUAAAUUUAAAGUCAUGAUGCUACCAAUGACUAAAGGAUAUCAUUACAUUUAUAAAGUCAUGGUUUUCCCCAAAUCUGAAGGGGGCAAACCUAAAGUUUAUGAUGUUUACGUGACUCCUCUAGCUAAGAAGAAAUGCUUCAAGAUUGUUUCUAUUCCUCGCGACGCACCUAGUGAUUGGAAAGAAGCUACUGUUUGUAUUCCAUACUCUUUUAAUUAG